UUCCCCAAUUCACAGCCAGUGUCUACGAUGAAGCUCAUCCAUCUCUUCGCCGCCGCCGCCGCCUCGACCGUCACUCUGGCUACCACCACUACUGUCAAGCCCGUCGCUACCUCCGCCCCCAGCGUAACGUCGGCGGGCGUGUGCAAGCUGCAAUUCACGAGCGUGUGCAGCUCAGACACGGAGUGCGGUGACUUGAACGGGUUCAACAUGACCUGCAUCAAGUCUGGUUCCAACAAAUUGUGCGGUUGUUUGGGAGGCAAGGACAAAUGUCAAAUUGCCUCAACGUCCGCCGACGUUGCCUUCCAAUUUGAUGAAUGCACCGACCAGCGCCGCUGCGUCCGAGGCAACGGCUUCACGGCGCUCACUGCCGAGGACACGUCGAAAGUGUGCCAAGAGCCUUUGUUCUGCGUGCGUGAACAAAACCCUGACCCUGUCGCCGUCCUCAAGAGUCAGUGCCACACGUGCGGCAGCUGCACAACCCAAAACGUGAAGAACAAGGACGACGGAUCGUUGAUGCGGUACGACUGCGCCAAGAUCUGCCCCACGCCCGCGCCCACCACCGUCGCCCCCACCACGGAUCCCACGGAUGCUCCCACCACCAAGGCCAGCAAGAGCACCACCACCGCUGCCCCUGGCUCUCCUGGCGCCGUCGUCACCCCUGUACCCUCGUCGGCUGCUUUGUCUUCGCUUGCCAUGGGCGUUGCACUGGUCGUGGUCGCCGCCGUUCAAAUUGCGAUGUAGAUGGACACGUUAUGGUGUUUAUAUAUAUGAUAUCCUCGAAGGUCUCAAUGGAAAGCAGCUUGCGUGUCGUGUAUA